AUGCCUCCUAUUAUGCCUCCUAAGAAUAGAAAGUAUGAAUGUGGAAAUGAUAAACGUAAAAAAAGGAAAAAAAUUGAAGAGUUAAUUCAAUCUCAAGCAGGAGCUCUUGAACAUAAAAUACAAAAUGAGUUGAUUUCAUUACUUGGUUCUGCAAUUAAAAUUGAAAUCAUUAGAAAAAUCAAACAAGCAAAGUAUUUCUCAGUAAUACUUGAUUGUACUCCGGAUGUUAGUCACCGAGAGCAAAUGUCUUUGAUAAUAAGAUAUGUGGAUGUUUCUUCAACUUCUAUUAGCAUUGAGGAAUCAUUUUUAGGAUUUUUGAAUGUGAAUGAUACAACUGGUCAAGGGCUUUUUGAUGUUUUACAAAAUGAAUUGAAAGAACUUGGUCUCGACCUAUUUGAUGUAAGAGGACAAGGUUAUGAUAAUGGGUCAAAUAUGAAAGGAAAACAUCAAGGUGUACAAAAGCGAUUUUUAGACAUAAAUCCAAGAGCUUUUUAUACUCCUUGUGGUUGUCAUAGUCUUAAUUUGACAUUGUGUGAUAUGGCUAACUCUUGUAAUAAAGCUAGGAAUUUUUUUGGAGUUGUUCAACGCAUUUACACAAUUUUUGCUAAUUCAACAAAGAGAUGGCAAAUUUUGAAAGAUAAUGUAAAAGGGUUGACUCCAAAAUCAUUAUCAUCCACUCGUUGGGAAAGUCGUGUUGAAAGUGUCAAAGCUAUAAGAACUCAAAUGUCAGAUUUUACAGAAGCUUUACUUGAAGUGUCAGAACAUGAUCUCGAUCCUAAGAUACAAAAUGAAGCUAAAUCCUUAGCAACUAAUGAGCUUGGUGAUUUUGAAUUUUUGAUGGCUAUAAUUAUUUGGUUUGAAAUAUUAUCUGCAAUUAAUUUUGUUAGCAAGCUUUUACAGGAAAAUGAUAUGCUUAUUGAUGUUGCUAUGGAAAAAAUAAAGGAGUUGAUUUCAUUUUUUGAAGGAUAUAGAGAAACAGGUUUUCAUAAGGCAUUGGUUAAUGCUAAGGAAAUUGCGGUUGAAUUGAAUAUCGCUCCAAUAUUUCCUCAAAGGCGUAUAAUUAAAAGAAAAAGACAGUUUGAUGAGAAUUUGAAUACACCAGCAGUCGAGCUAUCUGAAGAGGAAUCUUUCAGGGUUAAUUAUUUUCUUUACCUUGUUGAUCAAGCUGUUGUUUCUCUUAAUAAGAGAUUUGAGCAAUACCAAGAGUAUGAAAGUAUUUUUGGUUUCUUGUUUACUUCUCACAAGUUACAAUCAUUGGAUGAUGCAACUUUGAAGUCUUUUUGUAGUAACUUUGAACGAGUACUGAAACAUAAUGAGCAAUCUGACAUUGACGGGAAUGAAUUUUUUGAGGAAUUAAAGUUACUAAGACAAAUGUUGCCUGAAGAAAUCAUAAGACCUACUGAUAUAUUAUUAUUUUCAAAAGGCUUGGAUUGUUUUCCUAAUACAGUUAUUGCAUAUAGAAUUUUGUUGACUAUUCCUGUGACAGUUGCUUCUGCAGAAAGAAGCUUUUCAAAAUUAAAGUUGUUAAAGACUUACUUGCGGUCUACCAUGUCACAAGAAAGACUUAACGGAUUGGCGUUGAUAGCAGUUGAAAAUGAUCUUUUGGAGACAGUAAAAUAUGAGGAUUUGGUUGAUGAAUUUGCUUCAAAAAGUGUUAGGAGGAAGGCUCUUUUUAAGUAG